GGCGGGGCGUGGGCCGGGCGGCCAGACCCCAACUUGGCCUGUCAAGAUGGCGCUGAUGGUCGGAGCGCGCGUCCUGGCUCGCAACCUGCUCCGCCCGUGGUCCCGGCUGCCGGACGCGGUUCCCGGGCGGACGGGGCCGGCCGCCGGCGGCGGGGACGGUGUGCGGUGUUUCGGGAGCCCUCGGGUGCUGGUGGAGACGGACCCGGCGAAAGGGGUCGCCGUGAUAAAGUUGAAGAACCCCCCGGUGAACAGCCUCAGCCUGGAGGUGCUGACGGAGUUUGUCAUCAGCCUGGAGAAACUGGAAAACGACAAGACCUUCCGAGGCGUCAUCGUGACUUCGGACUGCCCCGGGAUCUUCUCGGCUGGCCUGGACCUGACGGAGAUGUGCGGGAAGAGCCAAGCGCACUAUGCCGAGUACUGGAGGGCCGUGCAGGAGCUGUGGCUGCGGCUCUACCUGUCCAACCUGGUGGUGAUUGCUGCCAUCAACGGAGUCAGCCCCGCGGGAGGCUGCCUGAUCAGCCUCACCUCUGACUACCGCGUCCUGGCGGACAACCAGUACAGCAUCGGGCUGAACGAGACUCUGCUGGGCAUCGUCGCCCCCUCCUGGUUUAAAGACACCCUGGUGAACACCGUCGGCCACCGCACGGCAGAGCGCGCCCUGCAGCUGGGGCUGCUCUUCCCGCCCGCGGAGGCCCUGCGGGUGGGCGUAGACCAGGUGGUGCCCGAGGACCAAGUGCACAGCGCGGCACUGUCGGUGAUGGCCCGGUGGCUGGCCUUCCAGGUGAGGGACCACGCUCGACAGCUGACCAAGAAUCUGAUGCGCAAGCCCACAGCCGACCGCCUGGUAAAGCGCGACGCGGACAUCCAGUACUUCCUCCAGUUCAUCUCCAGGGACUCCAUCCAAAAGUCCCUGCGCGUGUACUUAGACAAGCUCAGACAGAAGAAAGGCUAGGGUCCGGGCCGCGCACGCGGGGUUUGCACCACAUGUGGCCUUCUGGGGGCCCUCCUUCCAAUGGGUUUUAAGCAAGGUAUUUUCCGAUUUCAAGGUACUUUCAGCUCUUGGUCUCACUGGUCUGUUCCUGGUAGCUAGUAUCCCAAGGCCACUGCCCCCCAAGAGCGCCUUUUCCGCCUGGCAAGUGGGCACGGCGGGAUCGGGGGCGGCAUCUCUGUUGGGGAAUCGUGAACUGGCAGGAGGGCAGUGCAGGAUUCAGCGACAUCGCUGCUGAAUGUCCCCUUUCCCCGAGCAGAAUGUGAAUAAAGUCCUCACGUUGUCCC